CUGGGUAUAACUGUGAGUUUCAUUGGCUUUCUUUUCUUAAUUUGUUUGCCAUUUUCCUUUUACUUAGGGAAUAAUCUCAAGAAUUCAGAUAUAUUGAUUGCUACACUCAGAAAUACUCAAUUUGUUUAGUAAGAGAUGGUUGGUUGAUGAAGUUUAGUUUGAGCUUUUUCUUCCCCAGCAUAACAGAAGAUAAAUAGUUACAUAGCAUACCCCAUCAUUCGGCAAACUAGAAGCCAAAAAAUGGCAAAAGAUGCCACCCUUGUAAUGGGGCUUCUAAUGCUGUGUUGGUUGGGAGGCAUAGCAGAUGCAGAGUACAAACUGUACAAAGAUCCUAAAAAGCCGAUUAAUCGAAGAAUCAAGGAUUUGUUAGGGAGGAUGAGCUUAGAGGAAAAGAUAGGGCAGAUGAUGCAGAUUGAACGUAGCGAGGCAAUGGCAUCACCCCAAGUUAUGAGGGACUACUACAUAGGGAGUGUGUUGAGUGGUGGAGGGAGUGGUCCAGGUGCGAUGGCGCCUCCUGAGAAAUGGGUGGAUAUGGUGAAUGAUAUCCAGAAGGGCUCGUUGUCGACCCGUCUUGCCAUUCCGAUGAUAUAUGGGAUUGAUGCAGUUCAUGGCCACAACACUGUUUACAAUGCCACCAUUUUCCCCCACAAUAUUGGCCUUGGUGCUACUAGAGAUCCUGAACUAAUCAAGAAAAUUGGAGCUGCCACUGCACUUGAACUCAGAGCCACUGGGAUUCCCUACACUUUUGCACCUUGCAUCGCGGUGUGCAGAGAUCCAAGAUGGGGCAGGUGCUACGAGAGCUACAGCGAAGAUCCCAAGGUUGUGAAAGAAAUGAGUGAGAUCAUAGUAGGACUGCAGGGAGAAAUACCUCCUAAUUCUCGCAAGGGUGUGCCUUAUGUCAGUGGACAAGACAAGGUUGCAGCUUGCGCGAAACACUACGUAGGCGAUGGUGGAACAACCAGAGGCAUCAACAUGAACGAUACUGUGACGAGCAUGCACGGGUUGCUUAGCAUCCACAUGUCUCCCUACCUUGAUUCCAUAAUCAAGGGCGUCGCCACCAUCAUGGUCUCCUACUCCAGCUUCAACGGUGAAAAGAUGCACGCUAACACAAAUCUCAUCACUGGUUUUCUCAAGAAAACACUACGCUUCAGAGGAUUUGUGAUCUCGGAUUACAAAGGCAUAAACCUAAUAACUGAUCCGCCUAGUGCCAAUUACACAUAUUCGAUUCUAGCAGGAAUCGGGGCUGGCAUCGACAUGGUGAUGGUCCCGGAUAACUCUACCGACUUCAUGAAUGGGCUAAGUUGGUUAGUGAGAAGUAAGUACAUUCCGAUGAGCCGGAUUGAUGAUGCCGUGAAGAGAAUACUGAGAGUUAAGUUGGAAAUGGGGCUUUUCGAAAAUCCACUAGCUGAUUACAGCAUGACUAAGUAUUUAGGCAGUGAGGCGCACAGAGAAGUGGCAAGAGAAGCAGUGAGGAAAUCCCUAGUCCUGUUGAAGAACGGGGCGGCAGCGGACGAGCCGUUGAUACCGCUUCCUAGGAAAGCAUCCAAGGUACUGGUUGCGGGCUCCCACGCCCACAACAUCGGCUACCAGUGCGGCGGCUGGACGAUCGAGUGGCAGGGGAAGGGCGGCGACAUCACUUCCGGCACUACCAUCCUGAGUGCGAUACAGAGCACAGUUGAUCCGGAGACGGAGGUUGUUUACGUGGAAAGGCCAGACGCGGGAUACGUGAAGUCGAGCGACUUCUCGUACGCGGUUGUGGUGGUGGGGGAGCUGCCUUAUGCGGAGGGGAGCGGGGAUAGCUUCAACUUGACGCUGCCGGACUCGGGUUACGGCGCCAUCGGGGACGUGUGCGGAGCCGUGAGAUGCGUGGUGGUGCUGAUCACGGGGCGGCCGGUGGUGAUGGAGCCGUAUAUGGCGCAGAUUGAUGCGCUCGUAGCGGCGUGGCUGCCGGGAACGGAGGGGCAGGGUGUUGCUGAUGUUUUAUACGGUGUGCAUGGGUUUAGUGGGACGCUUCCUCGUACUUGGUUCAAGACCGUUGAUCAACUUCCUCUCAAUGUCGGUGAUCGGCCCUAUGAUCCGCUCUUUCCCUUCGGAUUCGGGCUUACCACCCAACCUGCACGGCUCGGCUAGGAUUCGGGUUGGUCAUCUCUAUCUAUAGUUGUGUUCGGAUGUUGUAAUUCAAUAUAAAUAAAUUCAUUAAUAAAUUAGAUUCCAUUGCAGCUCUAA